AUGGCUAAGAAACUUGGAGGGAUCUUGGGGAUUUUCGAGGAAAUGGAUCAAAAGGAAGCUCAUCGAAAUAGUUGUUUCCUCCGAAUCAAGGUCAAGAUGGAUCUAAAAAAACCUCUGAAGCCUGGCACAAUCGUUAGAUUUAAGGAGAGACUUGGUCACCAGCUGAAAGAUUGUGAAGUUAUAGAGAACAUGUGGGACGAAAUCUUUGAAGACAUUGAGGAUCAAGAUUUAUCGUUUGGUCUCUGGCUCAGGGAAUCACCUCUUCCUUGUGUUUUUGAUGAGCCAAAGGGAAAGGAUUCUAGCUCAGGUACUUAUAUCAAUAAUAUUUUUAAUAUUUCAUCAGGUCAAAGGAAGUGUGGGUCCAAAGGCAAAUAUUAA